AUGGAUGAUUACUAUUGCUAUGCAUACCCAGAUAUUACUUUCACCAACACAAAAAAUAUUUCAUCAUGCCCUAAUGAAAAGUAUUUCAAUGUAGAGUUUGAUUACACAAACAUGUAUGUUUUGAGUGAGAAAAAUUUUGAAACUUUUUCUGACACAAAGCGUUACAAUUUUUCAAAUGUCUCUAAGGAUCAACUAAUGCAAGAAAGUACCAUUGUAUCAUGGCUUUCUCAAAUGGAUGUUCCCGAAGAUGCUUUUAGGUAUGUAGUGGCAGAUAUUUUCAAGUGUGCUCGGGAUAUGGUUAAUGGUGUCUAUAAGAAUCAAAGGGAUCUUUCUAUUCGAGUCGUUCUUAGCGUUACACGGGCCAGUGAAGAUGAAACUGAUGAUGACGACGAUGAUAAUCAUGAAGAAGAGGAUGGUGAUGAAGAGAAUAAUGGGUUGAUUCCGGCGGCAAAGUCAUGUAUCGAGGAAUUGGAGGUGGUGAAAGUUGAAAAAGUGGAAGAAUGUGCUAUUUGUUUGAAUGAUGUUAUCAUUGGUGUCGCUAUGCCGUGUUUAUCACACACAUUUCAUAUGAAAUGCAUUCGUCGUUGGUUGAAUAGAGGCAACUCUUGUCCUUUGUGUAGGAUUCAGUUGCCAACUAGAACAAGCAAAUGA